AUGGCCACCUACAACACAACUACCCAACUGAACAUCUCACCUUUGCUCGCUUCAGACAAGAUGUCCGUAUGUUCCGAGACAUCCCCAACGUCCGCACCAGUAGUCUGGAGCAGUGAAGAACAAACACUGUUAGAGCAGAACAUCCCCAAACUUGAAAUGUCGGAGGCCAAUUUGAAGUCGAUAUUUGAAAUAGCCAUGUUGUUUCCUAAUAAGUCGUUACAACAGCUAACAAUGAGACUGAAUUGGCUUCCUUUGAAAUCGAAAAUUGGUUGGGAGGAGUACUGUAGACAAAAUCAAAAGACGCCACAAAACCAGUCUCCCAAGACUGCCCCGUCGCCCAAAGCGAAAAUUGAAAAAACGAUGAAUAGGCGGUCGUGUCAGUUUGUGUCAAAGAAGCGAGAGAACGAAGAGAAAUUCCGGAAACGGCACUCAGUUCCGAAUCAAACUGAAACACAAACACUCAGCGAAGAAACUAAAGGGUUGUAUACCCCACAGUUGGGAGGGGAUUCGAUGAGUACAGACUCUGAUACCCACAUCACUGGAUUAAUCAAAACAAAGGAAGUACGACACUUGAAACAUAACAGAGGUUCUGCUAUGUUCAUUCAAGUCCCUCCAAUAGAAGAGUCAAGUUGUCCCGUUGUCAUGAAUCAAACAAUUAAUCAAAAUGGGUACACACAACAACAAUGCCAACAACUACACCAACUCCCAACUCUCGAACAAUUCAAUAGACAACCACCAAAGUAUCAACUCAAACUCAAUUUAUUUAAUGGCGGAGAGAAAGAAGAGAUAUCAAGACAAAUCACUGGUCUUGUGAUGAACAAUGAAUCGAUACUUAGGUAUUUGGAGUCAUCGAAUGGACAAAACAUCGACUCAAAUUACCUCAACGCAUUUUGUUUAAACGUUCAAAACUUGGUGGGGCUCUCGGAACAACUCGCAGCACCUAUGGGGCUCCCGUUCUUUUCAAAUCAAAUUGUUAUGAACCCUUCGUUCCACCAAGAUAGCGCAAACCACAUUGGAAAGACGGGGUUCGGUCAAUCUGAAUUGUAA